AUGAAAAGUCGACUGAGAAUUUUAAUUUUAUUACUGCUGCAUUUACAAAGUAAUGCAAUUGUUUUCAAGUUGACAAAUGCCGUCUGCGAAUCGUUUAAUAAAACCUGGCUGGAGUUUCAUUUGUGCCGAUUGAAAGCUGUGAGUCGUGACAAAGUCCAUCUUAAUAUAAAUGUCACCCUGCAUUAUUCAGUUAAUGAUGUAUUCAUUAAGGGCCAACUAAUGAAGAGAGCCAAUGGCUAUAAACCUUGGCUAUAUAGUGUUACCUUCAAUGGCUGUGAGUUUAUACGCCGUAGAAAUAAUCCUCUCAUUAAACUUGUCUGGGAACUAUUCAAGGAAUAUUCAACCCUCAAUCACACAUGUCCCUAUGUGGGACAACAAUUGGUAAAAGAUUUUUACUUAAGACAUGAAAAACUUCCCACUCCAAUUCCAACUGGCGAUUAUUUGUUACUUUUAACUUGGAUAUUCAAUAAGAAGCCGCAAGCAUCUACCAAUUUCUAUUUCGCUUUUGUAGAGGAUUUAUAA